AUGCAGUUUGAAACUGCUAUUGCUAUGCAAAAGCAGUACCUGGAUGCUUUGUAUGCCAUGGUGGAUCGCUUAACUAACGAGGAGCUUAACUCGCUUACGAUCACCGCUAUUGAGUCAGUGGCAACACAAAGCUCCAAGAUUUGGCUGGACAUCACUAACUUAAACUCGCUGAUCUUUGAGACGUACCCGGAAGUACUUGAACACGAGUACCACGUCGGGAAUCAUUAUACUAACGCUCACGCCACCUAUGCAAUCUUGGAGACCCGCAUAGCCACCCGCAAAGACGUCAUUCAGCAGGAGAUUGAUGCCAGAGAAGCCGCACAAACGCAACAAAACCUGGCUAUGCACAGCACCGCCUUCUUGGGAGGCUCAUCGGCUUUGGACUCCAUCAAGGCUCAAGGAGUUCCAGUUGACAACUGGGACUUAAUGAUCAUUCACCUGACGCUGCGCCGCUUGCCACCCGCUGUAAGAGAGGACUGGGAGACUAGUCUUGGGUUAACUGAUAUCAUGCCGACCUAUACGCAACUUCACGAGUUCCUCAAGUCCAAAGUCAGAGCUUGGGAGAACUUGGAGCCAGCUUCUGAGCCCAAGAAGCAACCUGAAAAUCAUAAAUCAGGUGGGUCCCGCAACGACAAACAACCGAAGACAAGAUCUUCAUACACCGCUGCUCAAUACAAGGGAAAGCCCAGGAGAAAUUGCCCGCUGUGCCCGGAGGAGCACUACAUGCUGUUUUGCCCGACAUUCAAGGCCGCUACUGUGGAGGAACGAAUCGACAUUGUCGAGAAAUACCGCUUGUGCUACAAUUGCUUGGGCCCACAUCGUGUAGCUGAUUGUAAGACUGCUCAGGGCUGCAGGAAGUGCAGUCUACGCCAUCACACUUCUAUUCACCGAGAAGUACCGCCUAAAUCAGCUUCACCGCAACAAGUUGACACCGCACAAGAUUCGCUUUCCGCUCAAGUAUUACUAGCUACCGCCUUAGUCCAGGUCCGCCCGCAUCAUGGCAAUCCAAUCACCGCCAGAGUCUUGAUUGAUCAAGGUUCAGAGCUCUCAUUUAUGAGACAGUCGCUCUUCAAGAAGCUUGGACAACCGCUACAGCGUGACAUGGUCAUGCUCAAGGGCAUUGGCAAUGUCUCCGCAGGAAGCUCACUAGGUGUGAGCACAAUUGAGCUUCGUUCGCUGUGUACGACCGCAUCAAUGCAUGUCAGCAUGCAUAUUCUACCAACACUGACGGUAGAUCUUCCAUCGUUCGUGAUCGCUGAUCCGAAAUGGCCGCAUCUUGAGAAUCUCAAGCUCGCUGACCCGCAGUAUCUACAACCACGCCCUGUAGAUAUUAUUCUAGGUGCAUCACCAGCCGCACAGAUUAUGAACGCAGAGAUUCAACGAGGACCUCGCAAUGCUCCUAUUGCACAAUCCACCACGCUUGGUUGGAUUGUCUAUGGAGCUGUCACCGCUAAACACGCUUCAACAUCACACGCAGCACUACAUGCGUCAGUAGAUACUGAAUUACAAGACGCUAUCGCUAAGUUUUGGGAACAGGAAGAAGUUCCAUCAGGAAAUUCGCCGCUCAACACCGCUGAAGAAGACGAAUGUGAAAUUCACUUUCGUCAAACGCAUUAUCGACAGCCUGAUGGACGCUACGUAGUGAGAUUACCGCUUAAGGCCCUUGAGAGUCAACUUGGCGACUCUAUCAACGCAGCUAUGGGGUCACUCCGCAGAUUAAUAACUCGCUUGUCGCGAGAAAGAGAAUAUUCUGACAUGUAUCGUGCAUUCAUGGCAGAAUACAUUCAGCUAGGACACAUGGUACGAAUACCAGUCAACGAAUUGCCCGCAAACGCUUACUUCUUGCCUCACCAUGGGGUAUUGAAGCUUGAUAGUACCACUACGAAGCUCCGCACAGUGUUCAAUGGUUCCUGUGCAACAUCUACAGGAAUUUCAUUGAACGACAUUCUCCACGCAGGACCCAAAACGCAAAUUGACAUUUUUGAUGUGAUGUUGAGAAUCCGUUGCAGCAGGAUUCUAUUCGCUACUGACAUCACCAAGAUGUUCAGACAGAUUGAGGUCGACUCGCUUGAUUGGCCGCUUCAGUGCAUUCUCUGGAUAGAUGAGAAUGACUUAAUAGACGCUUACUGUCUCAAGACAGUCACAUACGGAACCGCUAGUGCACCUUUUGACGCUGUACGUGUGCUUAUCCAACUAGUAAAGGAUGAAGGACACCGCUUUCCGCUAGCUGUUGCUCCAAUGUUGAAAACACGCUACGUAGAUGACAUCUACGGUGGAGCAGACAACGAAGAAGACGCUAUCAAAGCUGCAGUACAAACAAAAGCUCUGUGUGCAGCAGGCUGCUUCCCGCUUGCCAAAUGGGCUAGCAAUAGCCCACGGUUACUCGCUGAAGUCGCUCCAGAAAAGCAUCUGGAUACACCGCUUAAAGAAAUCAGUGAUGCACCAGUAAAAAUCCUGGGCAUGUACUGGAAUUCACGCACUGACGCUCUCCAGUUCAAGUACACGCUACCGCCAGAUACGCCUAAGACAAAGAGAGCUAUUUUGUCUGAAAUCGCUAAACUGUAUGAUCCGCUAGGACUUCUCGCACCAAUAGUCGUCAAAGCCAAGAUCUUUAUGCAAGAUCUGUGGCUAGAUAGAGUGUCAUGGGAUGAACAAUUGUCACCAUCACUCAUUCACAAAUGGACUGGAUACCGCGAGGAUCUUCGAAACAUCGAAUCCAUCCGCAUUCCACGCUGGAAUAAUAUAGCACCUGGAGCAACUAUGGAAUUGCACGGGUUCUCAGACGCUUCGCAAAACGCUAUGGCUGCCGCUGUUUAUUUGAGAGUCACUGACGCUGAUGGGAACACAAAGGUCUCACUUUUGUGUUCAAAACGCAAGUAG